AUGGAUAGAAAUGCCUUUCACACUUUAGUUCUCUUAACUAAGGAUAUUGGAGGUUUGACCGAUAGUAAAAGUAUGUCAAGCAGCGAAAAAUUAGCAAUGUUUUUAAAUAUCUUGGCUCACCAUGAGAAAAAUAGAUCAAUCAAGGUUGAUUAUAUUAGAUCGGGAUGGAGCGUAAGUCAGGCUUUCAAUGAAUGCUUGAGUGCUAUUCUCAAACUAACUCCAUUGCUACUUAUUAAUCCUAAACCAGUACUUGAGGAUGAGAUUGAAGAUCGAUGGAAAUGGUUUGAGGGUUGUUUAGGUGCACUAGACGGUACUUACAUUCCCAUUAGAGUUCCAAUCCAACACAAACCAAGAUAUAGAACAAGAAAAAGAGAGAUAGCAACUAAUGUUUUGGGAGUUUGUGAUAGGAAUCUCAAUUUUACUUAUGUGUUACCUGGAUGGGAAGGUUCAGCUGCCGAUGCUCGUGUAUUACGAGAUGCUAUAGUACGAAGGAAUGGUAACUAUUAUUUGUGUGAUGGAGGAUAUACGAAUGGAAAAGGAUUUCUUUCACCUUAUCGAGGUUAUAGAUAUUGGUUAAAGGAUUGGCGAGGCGAUAAUCCAUCGCCUCAAUGUAAAGAAGAGCUUUUCAACAUGAGGCAUGCUAGAGCUCGUAAUGUAAUUGAAAGGGCAUUUGGUUUGUUGAAAGAACGUUGGGGAAUUCUUAGAAGUUCUUCAUGGUACUCGGUUAAGGUUCAUAACAGGAUCAUUAGUGCUUGCUGCUUGAUUCAUAAUUUCAUUUGUAGAGAAAUGGAAGUAGAUCCCUUAGACAUUGAUAUAGAAGAACAUAUGGAGUAUCAACACGAGAAUAUUGAUGUUGUUGAAUCGUCGGAGGAGUGGACCACUUGGAGGGAUGAGCUGGCUCAAUCAAUGUGGAAUGCAAGAUAUAACAAUUGA